GUAUAGCGUCGCUUGCAUCGAAGAUUAUUUUGGCCAUCCGUAUCGAUUGACAAAUGAUAUAUCAGCAACCCUUGAGCGUCACCUUCAUCAACCAUUAAAUUGCGGUAAAGAGCAUCAUUCAAUAAUUGCGGAUGAUUUGUUUGAAAUUGUUGUUUGA